UAUCUUGGUGGAUCAUAAGCGCUUUGUUUACCUUUUAUGGAUUGAUAACAAAUCGGAGAUGCACUUGGAAGAUACUCAAGCACAAUGGCCAUUACUUCAAAGCAGCUUUGUUGGGAUUCGAGGGUGUUACGGGAUAUGCUUGUGAUUCUACCAAAUCAAGAGAAUAUCGUAUAUCAUUUAUGUGCUGAAUCGAUAGGUGUGAUAGCAGAUUAUUUCUGGGAUAUUUGGGACUAUAUAAAGGGUUGUGUUGCGGUCUCUAGUACUCAUCACAUUUUCCUUCAUCACUUUGUUUCAGCUCUUGGUUUCCUUGCAACAACUUUUGAGUGUUUCGUUUCUCUUUCUGGUUGGUGUUUGCGGGUUUGGGUGGUGACUUUCAGCAUGUCUCAAAGCGGCUUAUUGGGAAAGAAUGUGGGGAGUACGAAUGAUGAGGUCGUGGCUCCUAAGAGGAGAAUCAAAAUUUCGUAUGUUGAUAACACAACUUUGAUUGUGGGGUAUUCAAAGACAAUGGUGGGGCGAUGUAUGAACCCGAAGGUGCAGAAUAUGAAGGCUCUCCUGAUCAUGCUACCCAAGUUCUAGCAUGUUGAAGGUAGAGUUGUGGGAGCUGACCUUGGGUUAGGGAAGUUUCAAUUUGAUUUUGACAAUGAGGAAGACAUCCUGGAGGUUCUUCAGAUGGGACCAUUUCAUUUUGAUGGUUGGAUGGUAUCACUGGUUCGAUGGAGUCCAACAGUGGAUCCUGCUUACCCUUCAGACUUAACCUUUUGGGUCAGAGUCCUGGAUGUUCCAUUCCAAUUCUGGGCAGAACCAACCUUUCGUGCCAUUGGCUCAGAGUUUGGGAGAGUGGAGGCGGUGGAUAUCGAUGGUGGGAGGGUGAAAGUGACGGUUAAUGGGUUCAAGCCCUUAUGCUUGGUUACGGUAAUUGAAUUCUACAAUGGCCAGGAGACUAUCGUCAAUCUCCGCUAUGAGCGUCUUCAUGGUUGCUGCAAGAAGUGUUCUAGUUUGUGCCAUGAUGAGAAUCACUGUCCACUAUGGGCUACUAAUAAGAUUACUCCAGCUUUGCAUUUCCCGGUGGAAGACGACUCAGCUCGUCCGCUGCAGAGUUACAAAGGGGCUAUCAUGAAUGACAGAAAUAACGGAAAAGGCAAGGAGGUGGAUACUCGGGGACUGCCUCAGCCCAGUCAGCGCCUACCCAAGGGUAAGCAGGAUGCAGGGUCAAAGAACCGGACCUCACGGGAAAUGGGUGAGUCUUCAUCCGAACCGCGUCGAUCCAACAAUUUGGUGGCUUUUAAGGAUUACCGCCAAAAGGCUAGAGCCUCCACGACGGUGGCACCUCCUUUGGGUGUGGUUCCGGUGGGAGAGCUGGAACCUGGACAGAUUCCGGAUCAGGUCGAGCAUGUGGCGGUUCAGGCUGCAACCUUUGGGGUUCCACCAUUGAAGCGGGUUCGGAGGUCUCUCUUUCAGGAACCGGAACUGCCUUUACAAUCACAUUUGCGAGAAGAGGUGAUCUUGGCUGAUGCGGGCUCCUCUGUCCCGGGUGACGGGUUUGCUCCACAGUCUACAGGCUCUGGUGCUCUACAGGCGGGCUCAACUCAGGUGCCUAUGGGCGAUAUUUCAGGAACGUUACCGGUUUUGCCAACAGCAAAGGAAACUCUGGAGGAGAAUUUUGAGCAGCGGAUGGAGGAGGUCGAAACAGAGGUGUUGGAUAAAACGGUUGAUGAUCCACAACAACAAACUAAUGGAGACAUGGAGGUUUCGGUGGAAGAUCAGGCCAUGAAUCCAACCGUCGCUAUUCCGACUCUCGGAGGAACAACAGCAGACUCAGGUGAUGGUCCCGUGGAAGCAAAACUUGACUCAGGUGCAACCUCUGUCAUGGCUCCACAAGGGGAAAAGGUCCACAAGGUGAAACCUCCUUUGUCACUUAAAGGAGCUGCUUUCAGGAAAUUGAACGUGUAUCUACGCACAACGCCAAGGAAACGCCCUGUCCCUAAAGAGGCUGGAGAAGGAUCAAACAUGAGGAAUUCGGAUCAGGAGAAGGGUCCAACUGGUGGAGUCAAGCCACCCAAACCAACAGCAGAUAAAUGAAGAUUU